UUUUCAACAAAUUUUCACACAUUUUGGGAGUUAGAACAUUUAUCAGACCAGUUCUUUGCUUGCUCCACGAGUUAUAACUUAGCACAGGAUUAAACAUGUUGUCAUUUAAUUUAUUACAAAAAUUGAAUGUCACUGGAUCGGCUGGUCGAUUUGUUCGUCGUAAUAUAUCGGCUACAUCGGUGUUGAUGACCAACGUUUCAGAUCCAAUCCAAAAACUGUUCUUGGAUAAAAUCCGCGAGUACAAAGGAAAAUUUGAUUCUAAGACGUUUGACCCUUCAAUCGAUAAAGGUUACAAGAAUGAUUUAGAAAAGAUCGGCAGACAAUACAACAUUGGCCCAAAUGAAGAUCCUACCAAAUUCCCAACAAUUAAAUUUGAUGAACCCAAAGUCGACCCACAAGUUUGAAGAUAAUACAUUUUGUGUUUUUAUAUUAAUAUAUAUAAGUAGUGAUGUAAUUAUGCAAAAAUAGGAUUAAGAGAUGGUGAAGUCAUUAAUAAACAUUGAUUUAUAAAGUUCAUUAUUGUUUAAUAAUUCAAUAUAGUAUACACAUUUUACAGUUA